AUGCAGACACUCUGGAUCCUGUGUGCCACUCUAGUAACGAUCGGUGCAGUUGAAGCAAGAACACUGUUCACUCCCUAUGUGCCGGUUCAUCCCUUAGACGAAGGAUACUUUCCACGGCCCAAGCACUUUGACCCGUACGUGAGGUUUCCCGAACACCACCGCUUUGUGGCACCAUGGCCAGGACACUUUGAGCAUCAGCAACUCGUGCCGAAGAACCAAUACGUGAGCUUCGUCGCCGGACCGAGUUCGCUGGUGGCGUACGUGCCCGUCCGAGCAGGAUCACAGGGUCCCUGGGCAGUACCGAAUGUGUUCAUCAAUGGGCAAGGCUACAGCACUAACCACUACAUCGCACCAUCCGUGAUGAAGAAGUACCUGGUGCAGGAUCCUCGGUGAUCGACGAGUGAGUGACGUUCAGUGUC